AUGGAAGCAGAAGAAGUGGGCGUGGACGCUGAAGAUAAACUUUCUGGCUUUAUUUUCAUGUGCAAUAAAAUGACGAAACCAGAGUGCUAUCGAUAUCGGGUUUUUGCGCUUCCUGCAGGGAGAAAGCAUGUUGUGGAGAGGAUCAAUCCUGGCAUGCAUCUUUUUCUGUUUGACACUGAUGUGAAGCUUCUCUAUGGUACAUACUUAGCAACCUCGACCGGGAUGCUAAAUAUAGAACCGUUUGCUUUUCAGGGAAGGUUCCCUGCUCAGGUGAGUUUCAAAAUUUACCAAGACUGUUGGCCCUUGCCAGAGAAUCAAUUUAAACAUGCUAUAAAAGAGAAUUACCAGAAUCACUCUCAUAAGUUUAAUCCUGAACUCAAUACUAGACAAGUAAGUAGUCUAUUAAAAAUGUUUCGCCCAUUGGAUGUACCGACAACUGUACCCAGACAUCCUGGUUUGAACGAAAUACACUCUGCCUCAAUGUUGCAACUUCCACCAAGGAAUGGUGUGUUUCAUCAGACACCACUUUCCGGGGAUUCAUAUUUGUCUAAAAUGUCGCCUACUCACGCACCUAAGCUGAUGAGCUAUAGACAUCUAAAUGGACUUGAGGAGCCUACUGGCUGGGCCAAUUAUGUUGCCGGUCAGUCUGUUCCAUCCCAAGCUUCAAGGAAUCAGAUUCUUGCAGUAGCAUAUACUAAUACUCCAGAGGGAGCUUAUGCAACUAGGGCGGUCAGCAGGUAUACUCCAUCACUGCCAUAUCCUCAAUAUGCACACGAGGAUUUCCUUAACGUGCUACCAGAGUUUCAUUCAUUCCUGAGAAACGACAGUGGCCAUGCCCAGUCAAUGCAAAAUUUUCAGCGUGCAGAGCUUAAUGUUUUACAUUCACAACCUGAAUUUUAUUCUUCCAUGAUGACUAUGGAUAGAAGUCAUGCUCAAUAUCUGCAACAUUCCCAACAUCAACAUCUUAAUGUCGCCGAUACACGGGCUCAAUUUCAUUCUUCCACAGUGACUGUGGGUAGUAGAAAUAGUUAUGAUCAAUCUCUACAAUAUUCUCAACAAGCACAUCUUAAUCAUAAUGUCUUACUUCCGCCACCUGAUUUUCAUUCUUCUAUGACGACGGACAGCAGUUGUACUCAAUCACUGCAAGAUCCUCCACGACCUGGUGUUGACCUCUCAGUGGUGAAUGUGGGCAGCAGUCAUGCCCAAAUGCCGUGGGAUCCUCACAGUACUCAUCAGAAUAUCCAAAACCUGCAACCUGGCUAUUAUUCCUCUGCAACAAAUGUGAGCAGCAGUUAUGGUCAAUCAUUUCUUGGUACUCAACACACAUAUCAGGAAGCUCAAAAUCUACAACCUGAUCACGGUUCCUCGGUGAAUAUGAACCAUACCAAUGUCGUGAUGCAACCACAUGGUAGUACAUCUCCAUAUGUUCCUCAACAUGUUAUAUCCACCACAUAUUCUGUUCAAGGGACUGGACCCCAUUCAAGUGGUGAUAACCAGUGGUCAACAUAUUGA